AUGCGGCUAGUCGGCAGCGGUGAGUGGGUUGGCAACAUGGAGCUGGGGGAGGUGCUCCGAGCCGGCGUCUCCCAUGCAGACAGAGGUAGACGUGGCGUGGGAGCACGAGAUAAGAGUGCAGUGGAGCGGGGACCUGACAGUAACCCCACCCCCCCAACAUCCAAGGAGUCGUCUUCGGAGACUUCCAGGAGCAGGUCGGGAAGGGUGUCGGGUAUGGUACCUUUGGAGAAGACUGGGAUCGUUGAUAUUCCCCACAGGUUCUUAGGAUCUGUCCUCAGGGAUAAGGUAUUCAAGAAGACCCUGAUGGAAAUGAGAAUCAAGGAUAUCCUGGACCUCAUAUUCGGGAUCGCCAGACAUAAUAACAGAAGGAGGAAGAAUCCUAUCUGGAAAUGUAUUGUCCUUAAAAGGCUUGAUAAGUGA